AUCAAACUGUAAGACCAACACAACUACGCGAUGAGUUUGAGUAAACUUUUUGCUGGUAGGAAGAGGAAUAGUUCAGUAUGGAAAUGGUUUAAAUACGAUGCGUCAUCCGACAAAUCAGUAUGUUUAGUUUUACUUGAUGGUGAAAAAGUAUGCAAUACAAAGUUGUGUGGAAAGAACCCAACAAAUCUUAAACUACAUUUAGCAAGAAACCAUAAGUCUGUACACGUUGAGCUGGAAGAGUCGGAAUUAAAGAAAUUAAGUGAAAAAAGGCAAACAGGGAUAAAGAGAAAAGCAGUUGAUGAAAAUGGACCCACUCUUUUAGAAUCGUCCUCAAAUCAGAACCAGACCUUGAUUCAAUGCAUUAAUCGUAGGAAUACCGCAUGGCCUAUUAAUUCACACGAGCAUAAAAUUCGACUAAACUCUCUUAUUUAAAUGAUAAUUGCAACAUGUA